UGCUGUCUGCUGAUGCCGCUGUCAGCUUCGCAGUUUACUUCGAUCGUAAAACUUCGGGUAUUCAUUACCGCUGAGUUGCCGAGUGCUCAGGUGGUGAACGACGUGAUCGAGUGGAAGUAGGCGGACAAGUAAUGAAGUCCGACGAGCACGCCCCCAACUUGUCAAGCGAUCAGAUAUUGGCAUUCGAAGACGUGGAGCGAAUUCCAGAGAUUGUUGCGUCCAACGGCUUCCCAUCCGGCAAGAGUGAACCGCAGCGCCUUGAAUCGUCGUCUUGCGGAGGGUGCUCUUAGAUCCGGUAGGGAGGUAGGAAUCUCUCAUUUAUUGAGACACAAGAUCUGGAGGCUGCAAGGGUGUGCUUCUCUUUGUGGCUGGAUCCCGGCACUCGUUCCUGUAGUUCCAACUUGCUCGAUGGUAGCUCGCUCAUCUCCAGAGACUCCUGAUCUGAAGGUGACUGCGCCGCGAGAAGUCAAAAGGAAAUCGCGGUGCUGGCGUCCUUUGACUUGAUCAAAAUCAGCGGCUGACUUCUCUCACGGUGUUGCGCCUUGGUCAAAAUAGGUGGCUGACUUCUCGCAUUGCUGCCGGAUGGGGCGUCGUUUGACUUGGUCAAAAUCGGG